AUGGGUGCCAGGCGGGAGUCAGGCCUACACAGUUUUCUCAACCGGAAGACGCCACCGACGGCAGACAUGCAGCAAGGCUCGGGCGGCACGCGGCCACAGCCGUUCUCGCGGUUCACGUAUGGAAGCAAGUCUGCGCAGAGCAGCGGCGGGAUGGGGGGGCAGGUGGCAUGCUCGCCGAAGGGCAGGGGUAGCCAGCGGUCGCUGUUGAGCAGCAACUUUCCGUUCAUGGAGAGCGUAUUCGAGGACCGCACGGCGGCGCCGCAGCGCACGCCAACUCCGCGCGAUGAGCGGUCGGAGUACUUUGGGGAGGCCGAGGGCUCGUCGGGGCUGCGUAGCAGCCUGCAGUGCAACCGGGAGCUGGCAAGCUUGGACAAGAUCAACGACGCUCAAGCGCGCAUGGUUGUGGUGGCGGGGAAGAGCCAUCUGGGGCUGUACAAGUUCGACGAGGCGUACAGGAUGCAGCAGGUGCACGACUACAUGACACCGGGGAGCCUUGGCGGCGGGACGAAGUUCUCGAGCAGCAUGCGCCGGAACAUGCGCAAGAUUAGCACGAUUUCGGACGUCAAGGCGGGGUUCCACCACCACAAGAAUUACAUCGCCAUAUGCGGGACGUCGACCUCGGUUUCCAUCUACGAUAUCAACCGCGCGUCGGCAAAGGACUCGCCGCUGAUCACGACCCUGUCGGAGCACUCGCGUUCCAUCAACAGCGUGGACUUCAACAUGGGCCAGACGCAUCUCCUUAUCAGCGGUGGCCAGGACGGCUGCAUCAAGGUGUGGGACUUGCGGUCGCACUCUUACAAGGUGAACCGCAGCGACCUGAAUUUCAAUUCAGGCUCAGAUUCCGUCCGUGAUGUAAAGUGGAUGCCGACCUAUGAUUUCGCGUCCUUGGGCGCGGAUACGUCCUUGUGUUCUUCCGGAAGAUCCAACAAGUUCGCGUCAGUACACGAUUCGGGGCUUUUACUAACCUUUGACAUGCGCCAGCCCAACCAAGUGGAGCGGAAGAUCAAUGCGCACUCGGGCCCAGGUCUGUGCAUGCACUGGCACCCUCACAUGGAUUACAUAAUAAGUGGAGGGCGCGACGGGAAGUGUGCUCUGUGGUAUGUGGGGGACAAGGUAAACAGCAUGGUGAGUGUUCCGCAGGGUCAUAACAGUGCGACUAGCUACUCUAUAAAUACGGCACCUAUCACCACAGGAUAUUUGGAAACUGUGAUAAACACCUCACACCCGGUUAGCAAACUGAAAUUCCGGCCCAAAUAUGUCCACAACAUGCUGAAUUCCUUGAUUGCAACGUCCUCGAUGGGCGAAGAUUCGGACGUCACUAUAUAUUCUCUUGCGAGGAAGCAUAUUCCCCAAAACAUACUAACCACUGCGGCUCCUUCGCUGGGCUUUGUCUGGUGGAACGAGGAUAUUGUGUUCAAUAUUGAUAAACAAAGUGUUAUAAGUGCAUGGGAUAUACGAUACGAGCCCACAUUACUGGAUAAUCUGCCGAAGGGGAUUGUGAAAUGGAGAGAUAUGGACGGCAGCGGGCUGGUUUUUGUAGCUCAGGAAAAAGGCACUUACUCAAUGGAUAACGGAGGUGUCACAGAUAGUGUUGGGAAGGGCGCCGCCAAUCGCAUGAGUAAUACCACGCUCAACAGCACCAACAACAUGGGCAGAGACCAAGAAGUGUUCACAUAUUCCUUCCAACAGCAGUAUAAGCAUCAGGAUCAGGAGGCUGCCGAUCGUGAAUCGGACCAUGACAAGGAAUUGGAGAAGGAGCGCGAAACUGAAGUGGAUCAGCAUUACCAUUAUCUAAGGGAGCAAGAGCGAGAACAUCAUCAGGAAUAUCAAGAAUGGGAACACGAACCUUUUGGUCGGCAUGAUGAUCAUCAAGGAAAUCCGCAGACAGACUUCUAUUCUCAUGCAUACAGUGAUCGGCCAAUGCUAUCGAAGGCAUUGUCCACAUACAGUUCGAAGAUAGCAAGUCCAAUAUUGAGUUACUAUGGUGCACAGACUCUGUCACAUCAUACAUCAAUCGUUUCGAACUCUCCGUCUAUAUCAGGUGCCGCUUUAGAGUAUCCUGGCGGUAUCGAGUCCCCCAUUAUGAUUACUCUCGACCUCCCGCAGGUAUUUGGUAGCGUGCGGGCUUCAAGGCUAGCUGAUAGGAAAACAAGUAAGAAUAAGGGAAACGCGCCAGCAGUGAGGGAGUCUGCGGUGGAUAUCUUUAAGUAUUUGGUUCGCGAGCUGGAACUUUGCCACGUCCAGGAAAGAAAUGAUCCGAAGUCGAUAAGCGUUGAUGACAGAUCGAAGAGUCUAGAUGACACAGAGCUAAAAAUUCAACUGAUGGAAAAUAUAGGCUUAUCAGAACAUAAUACCUGGGCUACCUUAAUUCGCAGUACUACUUCAAUGGAUACAAAUGACCCUGCCGGUUCUCAUACACAAGGCCAUAGUAAAUUAGUCGAUAUGGUGAAGCUACAAGGGUCCAAUAUCCUUUCACCAGAUAAUUCUGACAUGGAAGAUGAUCUCGGGGAUAAAUUAGAUGAGAUGGGAACGGCGCGGUUGCAGGAAAAUGUGAACCAUCUGGUUGGCUUAAUAUUUCUCUCAACACAUAAUGCUGAAACAUAUGCUUCGGUCAAUGACCUCCAGAAUUUCAAGAUAUGGAUGUUGAUCAGAGAUAGUUUGCUAAAUGACCUGAAAGAAGCUGCCGAUGGUUCUACCGGUAGGAGAGACGCCUCUGGCGGUGCAGCAAAUUCAGACAAGAACGGCAUUUAUACUACUACCUCCACGGUCAAUCAUGCUAGACAGGACUCGAUAACCUCAAAUUUCAGCAGCUUUGAACCAAGUGAUAUCAGUCGUUCAGAUGGGGAGGAGAAGUUAAACUUAGGCAGAUUAUCAGAACAGAAUUUAAAGGCAACUAAUCAAAACACCACAGCUAAACUUGAUGAUACCCGGAAGUUGGCGUCAUCGUCUUCUUUAAAUUCCUCAGAACCCUUGCUACUACUUGAGGGCGGUAAUCAAGCCAAAGAGCAGUCAAUUGGGCUAUCAGAUCUCAAGACGUGUCUGAAAGAACGUUAUACUGCUAGCAAUGAAAGUGUCCUGGAUAUUGAAGAGGAAUCGUCGGCGACGGUGGCAUAUUCUUCUAAACAGGCGAACACAGAGUGCUCAUCGAGCAUUCCAAUUAGAAAAACGGAGGCGAGAACAUCCUUCAUUGAUACGAUUAUGACUAAUUUGAGGUCCCCCGGUCUUAGUCAUUUGGAUGUCGAUAACGAUGCUAUAUUUGGGAAGGGUAAAACAUCUACCUCACUAGGAAGCGGUGCCAGCAAGCGCUCUUCGAUGCACAGUACAGAUUCCUACCAUAAACGUCCUUAUUCUUCCCCGAUCACUUACUCUAAAAUUACGACCGCAGCUCAGAAGGCAAAACUGGGACUUGCAGAUCACGACGGCUUGCCCAACAGAGGCAGUAUUUCGUUUCUUGCCAAUAUUGACGCUGCACAUGCCGACAAACUACUUUUAGGUAAGCUUGGACUCGCAAGCUCGCCAGAUGACGGCAAACUUCUGCCCCCAUGGGAUACUGGCCGCCUUAUCCAACAGUUGUACCGGUACAGCGUAGAAACGGGAAAUAUAAUCCUCACUGUAUGCAUCAUUCUUUUAUUCCAGACAAUGUACAAGGUCACAUCAACGAGAAUUGUGAAGAGUACGCUAGCCGAAUUCAUUACCAUUCUGCACAGAUACGAGAUGUUCGAGAUUUCAGCGCAUCUUCUAAAAAAUUGUCCUUGGGAUGACAUUCUGGGAGCCGGCUCCGGACAAUCAACGGUGAGGUUGUUCUGCGAGAAUUGUGGCAAGCUAAUUGUCAAUGAGCACAGCAAAACGAUCUUGUCAAAGAGACACCAGGCAGGGGAAAGUAACAUGACCAACUUCGGGUACUGGUACUGCGACUCAUGUCGGAAGCCUAACAGUCUAUGUGUCUAUUGCGAACAACCCAUGAAAAAACUAGCUUUGUCAUUCUUGAACUGCGGCCAUGGCGGACAUUUCGAGUGCCUACAGCAAUGGUUUCUGGAUGAGGGCAUGUCCGAGUGUCCAUCUGGAUGUAGCGGCGUUCUACUCUAG